AUGAUAGUAGUCAACUACAAAGGUGAAGAUAAGCAAUUUGCAGCUGAGGAAAUCUCUUCUAUGGUUUUAAUUAAGAUGAAAGAAAUUGCUGAGGCAUUUCUUGGUUCAACUGUAAAGAACGUUGUGGUUACUGUCCUAGCAUACUUUAAUGACUCCCAGCGUCAAGCAACUAAGGAUGCAGGUGUAAUUUUUGGUCUGAAUGUGAUGUGUACCAUCAAUGAACCAACAGCUGCUGCCAUUGCUUAUGGUCUUGAAAAGAAGGCAACCAGUGUUGGUGAGAAGAAUGAGCUUAUUUUUUUAUCUUGGAGGUGGUACUUUUGA